CAAAAGUUAUCACUAGUAAUCAAGAAUUAAUCAUGGCUGAUCAACAAGUAAAGCAAGUGUCAUCAUACAGGAAUGGAUCAUCAAAGAAAAAGAACAACAUUUCAAGGAAGUGUGCUUCAUUGAUUAAAGAACAAAGAGCCCGGAUUUACAUCCUCCGCCGAUGUGCCACUAUGCUUCUCUGUUGGUAUAUUCAAGGGGAUGAAUAAGUUCGUCAAUCCCAAAAUUAACUCCGCAACUACUACUACCACUACUUCAAUUAAACGUACAACAAAAAUAACCCUACUCUACAUCGUCUACCUUGUUUCCAUAUGUGCUUUCCCCUUUUUUUGGCUCCAUCCAUCAUUUUCACGUGCUUGAUCAUGAAAAAGAAUCUGGAGGACGUGUUGAAGAUAUAAUUAAGUAAAUAAAUGUGUACUCUCUCGAGAUAGUCACACACUUCAACACGCCUACCUACUCAGGCACUUGGUCGUAUUGGUCCUGUUUGUCUUCCGUAGUUUCUUAGAAGUCUGCCUAGUUAAUCUUGUCUUUUUGGUCGUGUACCACUUCACAUUUUUUAUCCAAUGGAUGUAAAACUCUAUUGGGUUUUUUUGGUACAUGAACAAAUUACAGGGGAAACUUGUAGAUGGGCACUUUGAAACAGAGGUUUUUGGACAAAUAGGGUAAAAAAAUGGAUGGGGAAGGCAUUUCCAAGCAUAUGGUGACACAAAGCUGUUCUAUAUAAUCUGAAAGGCUAUUUUCAUGUUUUACUAUGUAACAAGUGUAUAUGUAAUUGUAAUGCAAUCCACAAUGUUUUUUCUAGUAUGUCUGGAGCAAAUAUAGAAGCUCAAUAAAUAUCGACAAUUGAAUAGUAAUUCAAACAUCCAUAGUGAUGUGCUAGCAUAUUUACUACUAGUAUGAUUGUAUAAAUAAGGAGGGCCGCGAUGGCAGCCCUAAAUGGAAUAAAAGAAGGGAUUGUAUGUUUAGUCGUCUUUUGUGUGAUGAAAUUGUAACAAUU